AUGGGUAUUAGGAUAACGGCUGAAGUGAUUACCAUCGCGACUGGUAUAGUAUGCAUCUAUUCAGGAUCAUUGAGGCAUCUCAAAGAUUGGAAGAAACUGUGGAUCAACAUGAAUAAUUUGGAUGUGUAUUUAUUCAACGUGUACGAAACUCGAUCGAAGUGGAUUUAUCGUAUCCAAAUCACUGCGACUGCAAUAUUUAUAGGUUUAAACUGGUUAUAUUUCGCAUACGAUACUGUUUCUGAAAAUAAGAGUAUUCUAAUUGACAUUCUUUAUCCAACGAUAGAAUUCUUGAAAUUCAUUUGGUUGUUGAUCUUCUAUAAUUUCAUCAGCUGCUUGCAGGCGAGAUUCCAGACUUUCCAUAAAUUGAUGGAAAGAGAUAGCUUGAACACGUUGGGUUUAAUCGAUUGUAAAUCCAUUGAGACGAUUUACUUGCAUUUAGUAGAAUCGUUCCGGAUAGUAAACAGGAUUUUUGGGAUACCAAUAUUCAUGAUCACAACUAGUACUAUGGUGCUUUUCCUCUUCGUCAUUUCCAUUGUGCUGCAAGGGUUGAAAGGAAACAUAUUUUCAAUAUUGUUCGCAAUGCUAAACCUGAUAGCUUCUGCUAAUAUACAACUUAGCGUUGUGAUAAUUGCGUGUGCAGCUGCAACUAUGGAAAUGAAUAAGUCUUCUUAUGUGAUCUGCAAGUUGAUGGUUAAGCUUCAAUCGAAAGGUGUUCAUAUGGAUGUGAUCAAAGAAUUGUAUCCGGUUUUGAAUGCAAGCAGAACGAACUUUCGAUUCACAGCCGCAGGAUUUUUCGUUGUUGGCAACUCGUUGAUUUUUG